UGAAAAUACGGAAUUCACGUUCCGGUGGUAUGGUAGCAGAUGAGAACUGAAAGUGUUGACACAAUGGAAAAGGUUUUAUGUAAUGAACACGGCUGCAUAUGUAUGCUUAAAACGGGCGUAAAAGAUGGACCAAAUAAAGGCAAAAGCUUCUACGUCUGCGUUGACAAGCAAGGCUGUGAUUUCAGUCUGCCUGCCAGCAUCUCACCAUCCCACUGCCUCCAUCAUGAAGAUUCUAUAGUUGAACUCCAAGCUCUUACAUAUAAUUUACAACAGCAGAGCCACAGGUUGUUCUUUCGUUGUGUUGUAGGUAAAAAAGCAGGCCAAAGGUGGUGUGGAAAUGUGCCCUGGAGAGCGCCAGAGAAAGAAAACAGAAAUCCACAGUCAUCUGCAAAGCUACAACCAUCCUGCCUGCCGCCUGUCAGAAACCCCUUUAAAGCUCCUGGAAGGACAGACAAGGACUCUGAGCUGAAGAGGAUGCAGGGUGGUGGAGGUGAAGAGAAAAGAAAGGAGGAGAAGGAGAGACAGGAUAAAGGAGAAGGGAUUUAUCAUAAAGAAAAAGAGGAGAUUUUCAGUGCAGCACAAAAAGAAGACGAUGAAAGGAAACAAGACUCAUCAGAUACAUACAGAGGAAAACAACUUCCAGCAGGGAUGAAGUUAAAAAAGAGAGUUUCAGAUGAGGAGAGACACAGUUCUGAUGCUGACAGUGUGGAAAAGAUGACAGAUAAGGCUCAAGACAAGAGUAAAGAGAGCCACACGGAGCAAGCAAAUGAACCAAAUCCUGUUUUCGUCGCCAAGGUGGUUCAUCCUGAGAAAACAAAUCAACCCACAAAGGAUCCUCAUAAGGACUUACAGAAGGAACCUACUGAUGAAGAAACCUCCCUGAUAAAACAAGCAGACCCUUCUGUAAAAGACAGUAGCACUAAAUCUAUAUCUAUACCAAAUACUAGCACUCAGACCUACAGAGACCCUGAAAAAAUGAGAAAGGCUUCUUCUGACAAACCAAUGCAAGCAGAGUCCAGUCAGAAACAACAAGAAAAAGAUGGUGAUGAUGAUGAUGUUGUGGUAGUGUCGGUGAAACCAGCUACACAGAAAACUCCUCCUGUUUCUGCUGUCCAAAAGACUCUGACUGCCUACCCGGGAUUCAACCCUGCCUCUGUGGUUAAAAGUCAGCAACAAGGCCUGCACAGCCUGCUCACUGCUCAGCUCCAACAGAAAAAGGCCACCCUGUCUGUGGUGAACGUGGCCGCUCUGCCAGAUAAAGGAGAAAGACUGAGGACUCAGGUCAAAGAGCUGGAGGAUGCACUGGAGUCUCUGAGCAUCACUGUUGCUUCUCAGCCCGAAUCACUUUCAGGCUCCCAGGGUGCAAGUAACAGCAGCGAUGCAAGUGCAGGUAGCAGCCAUGUGAACCCAUUCAGCCGGAAGGGUGGCACCAUCCUGCUCCCAGCACCACCAGCAGCUGGACCCUACCAAAAUCAGGCCCCCAGCAGCUCUCUGGGGCUGCAGCUGAGCCAGGGUUACACCCCGAUGUAUGGAGCAAAUCCACAGGUGCAAGCAUUUUACGGUGGAAGGAUGACAGAGGACCGUUUGCUUGCAGUGAAAAAUGCCACAUGUGAAGCCAUCGACCAUCUCCACAAAUCCUUAGAGUCCUGCCCUGAUGCUGAGAACCAAGCUCCAGACCCUAGAGGCCUCAAGGUGUCACUCCUUGCCCAUCAGAAGAGAGCUUUGGCCUGGCUGCUCUGGAGAGAAACUCAGAACCCCUGUGGAGGAAUUCUGGCGGAUGACAUGGGUCUGGGGAAAACCCUCACAAUGAUUUCUGUCAUCCUGUCCACAAAAAAGAAGGCAAAAGAGGAAGAGGAAAAGAAGGAAGAGGAGAAGCAAGAGGGUUGGAUCUCUAAGACUGACUCGAGCGUUGUGGUUUCUAAAGGCACUCUGAUCAUCUGCCCUGCUUCUCUGGUUCAUCACUGGAAGAGGGAGAUUGACCGACAUGUGAAGACGGGCAGGCUGUCUGUGUACCUGUACCACGGUCCUAACCGUGAGAAAAGUGCUAAAGUGCUGGCAGAUCAUGAUGUCGUAGUAACUACAUACAGUUUAGUCUCUAAGGAGAUCCCAGUCCAGAAGGAUGAUGCUGAGCAACCCAGCAAAGAUGCUGAAAAAGUGCCGUCACACUCAGCUCCUCUUCUGAGAGUAACCUGGGCUCGGGUGAUUCUUGACGAAGCCCACAACAUCAAAAACCCCAAAGUGCAAACCUCCAUGGCUGUCUGUCAGCUGAGGGCUCAAGCACGCUGGGCUGUAACCGGAACGCCCAUCCAGAACAACCUGCUGGACAUGUACUCUCUGCUCAAAUUUCUGCGUUGUGCUCCGUUUGAUGAGUACAAACUUUGGAAAGCUCAGGUAGACAACGGCUCCAAAAGAGGCAGAGAGAGACUCAACAUCCUGACGAGGACUCUGCUGCUCCGACGCACCAAAGAUCAGCUGGACACCACAGGAAAACCUCUGGUGUCUCUCCCUGACCGGACCUGUGAGGUUCAUCAGCUCAAGCUGUCAAAGGAUGAACAGGCUGUUUAUGAUGUGGUCUUUGCACAAUCAAGAUCCACUCUGCAGAACUACCUUAAGAGACAUGAAGGAAAUGACUUGAAAAAGGGAAACACUUCAACUUCAAACCCCUUCGACAAAGUGGCGCAAGAGUUUGGCAUGUCCCAAGUUGACACUGCUCUGUCGAGUUCCCAGCAGCCCCAGCAGGCGUCCAGCACCGUCCAUAUCCUGUCACUUCUGCUGCGUCUGCGACAGUGCUGCUGUCACCUGUCACUCCUCAAGAAGACUCUCGACUCAGCGGAGCUGCAGGGUGAUGGGAUCAUCUUGUCUCUGGAGGAGCAGCUCAACGCUUUGUCACUCAGCUCCAGCCCCUCACCAUCGUGUCCCGACCCCAAAGGCACAGUGGCUCUUAACGGCACCCGCUUCCCCUCUCAGCUGUUUGAGGAAACGAGUGAGAGCUCCAAGAUUUCUGCUAUCAUCUCUGAGCUCAGGGCAAUCAAACAGAAGGGUGCCGAUCAGAGAAGCGUGAUUGUGUCUCAGUGGACCAGCAUGCUCCACAUUGUAGCCGUCCACCUAAAGCAGAUGGGCCUGAAAUAUGGCGUAAUCGAUGGGACAGUUAACCCCAAGCGUCGCAUGGAUCUGGUUGAAGAUUUUAAUACUAACCCUAAAGGACCACAGGUGAUGCUGGUUUCUCUUUGUGCUGGAGGAGUUGGACUCAAUCUUAUAGGAGGAAAUCAUCUCUUUCUCAUCGACAUGCACUGGAACCCAGCUUUGGAGGAUCAGGCCUGUGACCGGAUCUACAGAGUCGGACAAACUAAAGACGUAACCAUCCACAGAUUUGUGUGUGAAGGCACAGUAGAGGAGAAGAUUUCCACGCUUCAAGGGAAAAAGAAGGAGUUGGCCCAAAACGUGCUGUCAGGAACUGGAAACACUUUCACUAAACUCUCUCUGGCUGACCUCAAAAUCAUUUUCGGUGUGUGAUAGAGAAGAGGAUAGUCAAAUCCACUGUUACAUCUGACUGCUAUUAUUUCAAACCAUGAAAGUUAAGGGUUAUAGGGCUAUUACUAUGAUAAGGUUGCACAUUAACAUCAUCCAUAGCAAAUAUAUUUAUUUACUGUGUUUGAGUGCACAUGCCUAAGCAGUGAUGUUUGACAGUGUUUUGUGCUUCCAUAUACUACAGUGAGUGUAGCAAAUAUUUUUUAUUGAGUUUAAGACACGUUUAUUUUUAUUCUAUAUUUUAUUGUGUUACAUCCCAGGGGCACACUAAAACAGGACGUACUUCUGUUUAAAUCCUUUAAAUUCACACAGCUACUUAUUUUCUGGAGUCGCUAAUAUUUUCCUGUUUAUUUGUUUCUGUUCUUUUUUAUGUCUGUUGUAUUCUUUGAUAAGAUUUUGUUUUAAUAAAUUUAGCUGUUUUUAAGUUAAUGGGUUUAAUGUUUUGUUGUGAAGGUGCAUUGUUAAUUGAGAUGUUUAUCAAUAUAGAAUAAUAUAAAACUGAAUCAAGAUGAUGCUGAAACACACUGCCUAUAAAAAGUAUU